UCGGUAAGACCGAUCACUCUUUUGUGAUGAAUAAAUUUAUGGUCAUGAUCGUGACAAAAGCGAAAUGCCUCGCUUUCAACUUGUGCAUCCAUCAUCCAGUAUCCGUCCCGAAUGACAAACCACCCUCAACUUGUGGGACAAUGACGCUAGCCAUGGCAAUCACCUCAAUGGGUAAUGCGCUUGCAUCCAGUGUCGCAGGUGGCGUAAGUUCAGAUAAUUAACACAAGUUCGGUCGUACACUGUUACCAUUAAUUCAUACAAAGACACCUAGCAUCAACUUGAUAAAUUAAAGCCUUUCUGCGCGAAAAGCUAAUGGGCAACUAAGGUACUACAAUCAAAUUUGGUUUUGUUAUGAUCCAUCUAUUAUGGCGACUCAACGCUCAUUUUCACGGGUGGUUGGUUUAAUCGUCGUGCAACGGGGUUGUUUGAAAGUGAGACAGCAAGAGUCGUCGUUGGCUGGCUAAUUAAAUGGAAAACCGAUUGACGCCAGGGUUGGGAUGGUAUCGGCACCGCUGCAUCUUGCUUUACGUCCCUCUGUAAUUCAUGUGAGUGUAGCCGGCGAGAGAAAAAAAUCGUGUUGUCCUAGUAAACGUGAGAUAUGACUGUUUCGAUAUCAGUCUUGUAACUGCAGACAAGCUUUAAAGUGAGACACGCAACGAGCCCAGCACGCACGGCCGAUAGCUGACAACCGUUUCCACCAUCCAUGGAAGUUUACGUUGCUUGGCUUUCAAACUCGACAUCCUCGGUAGUGACAAUAUUGAACACCGUAGCAGUGAGGGAAUCAUGGCUUGUGUGGCCUUUCUGAAGGCCCUGCUGGCCAGGUGCCUGUUCGCAAUCCACGGCAUCAUCACCAUAUGGCGAGUCACGGAGGUGAAUUCCGAGAUGAUCUACUAUCUGCUGGUCAUCCCCGUUUGUCUGCUGCCCGUGGAGAUGAUCAUCACACUGAAAUUCGCCGACGACGGUGAAUGGAAAUGGUUCUGUCCCAGCGUUCUUCUGUAUCUGGUCAGUACGGUGCCGGGUCUAUGGCUGCUGCAAUUCGAUCUGUACGAGAAACGCGUCGCGUACCGCGACUCCAUGGGCUGGACGGACUGCUCGUCGGACACCGCCUACAAUUCGACUGCACUGUCCUCAGACAUUGCAGGGUUUCAGAUCAGCAUUCCCGUAGCCCUAUCCGAUGAUUCCUGGGCGUUGGGCCUGGAGCAAUUCCUGCUUGCCCUCUUAAUUGUGGGAAGAUGGCUGCUGCCUAAGGGAUCGCUCACCCGUGACCAGCUGUCCCAGUUGCUGCUCGUGUACAUCGGCAUGGCGGCCGACAUCUUGGAGUUCUCCCUGGAGAGUCUCAAGGAGAAGGUCGUCAUCUGCAACCUCCUCCUGAUCAUCAUCAUCCUGGGCCUGUGGAGCUGGAGCCUGCUACAGUUCACCCUGGUGCUGACCUCGGUGUCCGCUCCCCGCCCCCGGGCCGCCAAAGUUUCAGGUGGUCGCUCCUGCAAGGGCGUCCUGGGAUGCUGCUCGAAUGAGAUCUGGGCUCUCUGCAUCACCAUCCUGAUGCAGGACGGCCCGUUCCUGGCCAUGCGUCUCUACUUACUCAUCUACCACAAAGUCAUCAAUCAGAUGAUGCUGUUCUUCACCAUCAAGAACGUCCUAGUCAUUCUACUGCAGCUUUACCGCAUGGUCGUCGUGUGCUUGGGAGAGUCAACCAGCACUGUAGGCACUGAGGAUGAACUGCUAGAAGCGGCUGACGAGAAGUCCAACACACAGCGGCCAGCUAGAGGCCAGUGGCCAGUCCUGACUCCGGCGGAGGGUUAAAACCAAACAGAUCCCCAGGGCCGACUUUCCGAUACAGAAGCCCUAUUACACUCUGCCGCGCCGCCCGACGGGUGGCCCUCAAAUCAUUUCUUUGGAUGCGUUUAAAAAACACACACAUUAUGCCAUUAGAACAACCAUGAAAUUCUAUCACAGCGUCCAAGAUUAUUGAGAGUGGAAAUAGACUGGUGGCUGAGUACGUUUCUGCACAACUCUAGCUGUCAAGCUAGGGACCGGUCGGAAGUACUGCAUCACCAUGAUACGGCACCACUGUAUAUGUAUAUGAACAGUGUGGGAAAUGUACGACAUUGCACACAAUGUAUUCUUAGUGUCAACUGUCUACGAUACACACAUUAACUUACAACAGGUUAAAACUGUAAAAUUGCCGACUUCCUGAACUGUAAAGAUAACUCAUGCAUGCAUGGACAGGUUGUGCAUGGUUGAACUAAAAUAUCGUUUCGUGGACUGAUAUUUGACAUUUACCCACUUAUAACUGUGACAUAUAUAAUGGGAAUUAAUACCGUUAAUGCCUAAAAUAUCAAUUCACUUCAUUUAAUAUUUUUGACGAAAUAAUCAAAUAAUGUUGUAGUAUAGUAUUGUACAUGAUUUGAGCAAGUGUUUACAGAGUGUAACGGUAGGCCUACAUGUUGUCUAUUCAGUCAAGCCCGUCAUUGGCUUUCAGUUUUAGUUCAGUGUUUCACAUGUUCUGGUAAAUUUAUAUGCUGCAAAGUGCUAUCAGUAAACAAACGUUGUUGCCAUUUGUUGCCCUCAUGUAAUGAUUGAAUAAAAAGAGGAAUUUCAAUCAAUAACUUUUCCGUGAAUGAAAGUGUCGCCAAAGUUUCGGGAUAAAAACGUAAUUUUGAACAGGUGGGUUCACCACUAUAGCUACGAAAUCCUUUAGUUUCUGAGGUAUAGCCCGUAUCUUAUGGGAUCCAUACCUCAUUCAUUUCACAAACUACAUUUGAAAACAUUUCUUUUAAUUCUGCCUUGAAAUCACUUGUAAUUUGAUUCCUGAUUAGGUCACAUUUACGUCACGAAAACAGGCAUAUCUCGACGUCAAGGUUUACUUUUGUGCGAAGUUUCAUGUUAAUAUCCCAAACUGUUUUGACCCAUUAUUUGAUUGAAGUUAUAUUUUACAUUAUUACUACAUGUAUUUAUACAAUUAAUGGUGAGCUAAAGAAUGAUACAUGUAUAUUGUGUGACGUGAUGAUUGUUUUCCAGGAUAAAUACGAGAAAAAUAAUUUAAAACGUUCGGGCAAGCUAUACCGCCUGUGGAAUGGAACCUUAUGACAGACUAAAACAAAAGCCUGCUCCGUUGUGGGGGGGGGGGUCUUGCCGGGCAGCAGCUGUACGUUUAUAUACGUGUGUCAAGCUGGAAAUAGCCGUAUGUGACUGUCAUCCGAAUUCAGAUCAAAAGGCACAAUUUUCCUUCGGCCAAGCUGACAAGGUGUUGCUGAUUGGUACAGCAACACCACAGUGACGGUAAGUCUGAAUGUGUCACUGUCCCCACCGAGCCGAAAUACCAGAGAAAUUAGUGUCAGGGUACAGGUUACCAGGAAGAGGUGGUCAGCCCCGUGCAGCAAGCACUUCGAGUCAUCGUGCUUUGAAGCGGGGUUAAGACGGCUCCUUUUUGCAUAUGACAAUAAUUAUGCAAAAGGCUCUUUGGGUCCAUUACGAUUAUUCGUAAUCUACAUGCGUUGUAUGCACUUUCAGCAACAUCAGGCAGAGACCAAACAUUCACUAUCAUUUACUCAUUGCAAUCCUGGACAAAUGCAAAUAGCCUCAAACUGAUCCACUUAAAAGUUUGAGUUCACAGGAUAUACAUGUACAUGUAGCUGAAAACAACAACUUGCCAAGUUCGAUGUCCGUAGUCUUCUCGCUGGGGGCACUCUCAUCCAGCGCUUUCAUCAGUUGUGAUCUUAGAAUCAUCAUUGGCUCACACGCCAUAUACCCAUCAGACUUAACCAGUGUGCAAAUCCGUCCAAUUUAUCUUUGCAACUCGGGCGUCAUCUGGAAAUAUUUCACAGUAAUGGAGCAACUGGUUAUGCAUUGAUAACGUCACGCCUGGAUUCCUGCAACUUACUCUCAGUACCUGGAUGACGUACUCCAACAUCUUCAAAAUGCCUCCACUUGUCCUUUCGCGAACGUACCUGGCGGAUUUGAAAUCAUUCCACUGGUUGCCUGUUAACGAUUUCUUUACUUGUGAGUAGUGAGGAAUAUCAUGACCGCUCAAAUGAGAAAGCAUCAUGCAAG